AUGGCCUUCGAAAGGGUAACGCGAAAGGACUGGUACAAAAUCCUGGGUGCGCAGCCAUCCGAUAGUCCAGCAGAACUAAAACGGAAGUACCAAAAACUUGCUUUAUUAUAUCAUCCCGACAAACAGAAGGCAGAUGCGCCAGCAGGAGAAGUGGAGGAGCGUGUGCAGAGGUUCAUCGAAAUUGAUCAAGCGUGGAAAAUUCUAGGGAACGAAGAGACAAAAAAAGAGUAUGACCUGCAGCAGCAUG